UAGUUUAAAACCAAAUCCCACAAUACGGCUCUGACAGCAGCAGAAAUUCGGGAAAGGAGUAAGAAAACAUCUUUUUGGUUUACACGCUUUCAGGAACAAAACAAUUUGUUUUUUUCACCGUAGUCAUUUUGAACAAGAAUCUAUGUCCAUGCCGGGAUCUUUCGCAACCCUGCAAUUGGACAUUAUUAUAAACUAUAUUUUCAGUAAGUGGCAUCAGUACCGUUUAUAACAAGUAUUAUUAUAUAGUAUUCAAUGGCUUAUAAGCACACUACACUAAAAAUGCCCCAUGGUUUACGCCUCGGAAGUUUGAAUGUGGAGGAGGAAACAAGGAAGUCACAGAGGGCUCAACAUUUGUCGCAAGAAUUAAUACCCACGUCAAUAUACUCACAACCAUUUAAUACCAAUGGAAGUUUUAUUGAUUUGUUUGCUCAUUCUGUGCCCUGUAUUAAUUCAGGGCAAAUCUACCAUAGAGCCAUGCAGUAUUUCAGGCCCCUGCAGUGCCCUUGUGGGCUAUGUUCUUCCUACAGAUUUGAAAGUGUCUGAGCUAGCCACGCGGUUCCAGGUGGAUCCAUUUUCCUUGCUGGGUGCCAAUGGAUUCGAUCCUUACGCUUCAGGUGCUCAAACUCAAAUACUCCCGGCCAAAUCAAUGGUAAAAGUGCCCAUAAAAUGCUCCUGUGUGGAUGGUAUCCGUAAGUCUGUGUCUACAAUGUAUCAGGCUAACCAAGUGGACACAUUGCAAAGUAUUGCAGAAUCAGUUUUUGGAGGCCUAGUCACAUGGGACCAGCUUAAGGAUGCUAAUAAGAUAGCUGAUACAGGGAUUAUAGAUGUGGGACAGUCGUUGGUGAUUCCACUUCCUUGUACCUGUUUCAAUGGGACUGAUGAUGGCCUUCCUGCUGUUUAUAUGUCAUAUGUUGUAAGAAAUGGAGAUAGUUUGAUUAGUAUUGGGAAGGCUUUUGGGACUACUGUCACAGAUCUUAUGGGUGUGAAUUCUCUUCAGAGUUCCCUGAUUACAGCAGGGGAUAUACUUGCAGUACCAUUGAGCGCUUGUUCGUCAAGUAACUUGAAUUUGUCUUCAGAUAGUGAUUUACUUGUAGCCAAUGGGAGCUAUGCUCUCACUGCCAACCGUUGUGUGCAAUGCAACUGUGGUCCAAAUGAAAUGAACUUACAUUGUGUAGAAUCCACUCUGGGAACCUCAUGCCCCAGUAUGCAAUGUAAUGACAGCAACCUGCUUAUUGGGGAUGCCAUUGAACAACAAACAAGUGCUGGCUGUAAUGUGACCGCAUGUUUAUAUGGUGGUUAUCUUAAUGGUACAAUUGUUACAAAUUUAACAAAUUUCCUCCAACCUCAAUGCUUAGGUAAAUAUCUUGGGCCUGUUUACACAAAACCUCCUACGUCGCCAGCAACGACUACACAGAAUUCAACAAUUCCAGAGUCUCCAUCAUCUGCCAUGUCCCCGUCAUCACAUACCAUAGGAGUAGUCAAGUCCAAUCCUGCAAGCCAGCCACUUGGUAGUAGUUGUCCUGCAAAUGAGCCUCUGAGAUGGCUCUCCCUCCUAAGCAUAUGGAUAACUGGGCUACCUUAUCUGAUCCAUGUUUGUGCCAGGUAGUUCAGAGGACUUUUCAAAUUUACAGUAUUCAAAUUUUUGUCAGUGCUGCGUAGUCAUUUUUUGGCAAUAAAUUUUUGCCGAACUGAAAGCUGCUUCAGUUCUUGGUUGAUUUCAACUUUCUUCUAGCAUCUAUAGAUUCUAUACACAAAAAAAUACUGUACGUCUCAUUCGAUAAAAAUCUGAAGUCGAGGCACCGAACAUUGGUAUUACCAAUUUAGAUACGAUUUGAAUGGAUUCAUGCGAGUUGUAAAGAUAUCAAGAAUUUUUGAAACCUGAAACAAGCUUUUGUUAUGUUAAUUUGGAAGUACUGUAUUUCCCUUUAA